CCCCCCCCGGUUAUGGUGGGGCCGGGAGCGAUGGGACUCAUCGGGUCCGCUUCUCUUGCCCCCCCCCUCCCCGCUCUGGAGUUGGGGCUGAGCGUCCUGUACACGCUCCUCUACGCCGGCCUCUUCCUCUUCACUUACCUGCAGCUUUGGCUGCUCUUCUACUACCGGGAGAAGCGGCUCAGCUACCGCACCGUGUGCCUCUUCCUUUGCCUGCUGUGGGCAGCGCUGCGCACCGUCCUCUUCUCUUUCUACCUGCAGACGUCCACGCGAGCCGUGGAGCUCCGGCUCCAGCCUUUCCCACACUGGUUGCUCUUCUGCUUCCCGGUCUGCCUGCUCUUCGCCACCAAUUGCCUCCUCAACCUCUACUUCGCCGAGGUUAUUUUCAAAGUCAAGUGCGCAGCUGAGUUCAACAAAUACAAGACUUUCUUGUACAUGGGGUCUGUAUUUAUCAGCCUCCUCUUCAUCUUUGUGAACCUGACAUGUGCAUUAUUGGCACAAGAUAAUGUUCCAGAGGAUCAGCUAAGGUGGACAGUUUUUGCCCGGGCCUUGAUCAAUGAUAGUCUCUUCAUUCUUUCGGCCAUCUUGUUAGCUUGCUGCAUGUGCAAACUUUCCAAAGUGUCUUCAGCCAAUGUUUACCUCGAGUCCAAGGGCACAUCUCUCUGCCAAGCUCUCCUUGUGGGUUCUGUUGUCAUCCUCUUACACUCUUCAAGAGCUUUUUAUAAUUUGGUGGCAGUAGUGAUCACUCCAGACCAUGCACCUAGUCCAUUCAACUAUGGUUGGGAUAAUCUUUCAGAUAAGCUUCAAGGAAAAGAAGUUAACGGUGAGGAGUACGUAGUCUUUGGUGUGGUGCUUUUUCUCUGGGAGUUCGUGCCAACCAUAUUUGUGGUACUCUUCUUCCGAGCACAGAGAUUGGCCCAAAAUUUGGCACCUGCUGGAAUGAUCAACAGUCACAGUUACAGUUCACGAGCCUAUUUCUUUGAUAAUCCAAGAAGAUAUGACAGUGAUGAUGACCUCCCAAGGCUUGGUGGAGGAAGCUUGGCUACUCCUCAGAAUUCUGGGUGGUAUGGCUCUCUGACAGGGAGCGACAGCUGCAUCAUGAUUCCACCUUUGGUUGCACCCCCAAUGGAUGUUGCUCCACUGCUCUUCAGCCAUGAAAGCUUGGAAUCCAGAAGUCAUCACAGUUCACAUCCAAAGCCACCAAACUAAUCAUAGAGUAGCUUUGGGGGAAGGGUUCCUGUAAGGUGUGAAGAACCCUUUAGGACCAGUCUUUUCUUUACAAUUGAUAACUGCAACCUGGUUAGAGAAAAAGAAAUCCUAAAAUCCUAGGAUUGAAAGGACAUUGCCCUGAAGGUGUUGUAUGAAUCUUGGGCCUGGAGGAAUUCCCAGUGACCUUCAGGUUCCCCCUAAUGCAUAUAGUAUUUUCCAAUGAUCUUCUAAUAUGGGAAUGGAACAAUAUUGGCUCAUAGCUCUGCACUUUGGACUGGAGGGACCAAUUGUUGCUAUGUGGUACUGGAAAUAACAGAAGCCAAAGGAGAGCAUAUUCUGAAAGCAUUCUAUUUUAUUGGCCAACAGACCAUGACUGUUGUCCAGAUGGAUAUUUGCACUUUUAAUCAACCAUUUCCAAGGGAUAAUUCUCUUCCCUCCCAAUCUUUCUUCUCCAAUGGCAUGAAAUGUCUGUUCCAGACAACACUUUUAAAUUGCACAUCUCUGGUUGGGAAACUUGUUCUGUCUUCCUAUGGUGACAAACAACUCUACAUAUUUAACAGUGGAAACUUUUGAAAGGGGGGUGGGAUGAAGAAUCUCUUUUGCUUUUAAAUUCUUGGAGAGCAUUUUACAAGUAUGGCACAAGUGCCAGUCUCACAAGGCUAACAUAGCUUGUGGUUACGUUUUGCCAUCAAUAAUUACUGAGAUUGCUAGAGCAAGCCCCAUUGUUGCAUGUGUUGUUAUAUUCCCUGCAGCGUCCUUGUGUUGUUUUGGCCUAUUUCUAGCAUUACAGUAAUAACUUCAUUUUCAAUAACAGUAAUUUAUUUUAUACUGGAAAAGCAGAUUCAGAGUGGGUUACAGAUAGGGUGGACCUAUGAGAAUUGUGGGCUUGUUUGGGGUGAUGCAUAGCCAACUGGCACAGAUGUCCUUCACUGCUUUGUCUGGCAGCUGCUUUGAUGUUCCACAAUGGAAUGAAAGCAAGACUGAUUUCUUUGCAACCACAGAGAUGUAAAUUGCUCCUGGAUUGCUUAACCACCACCCAAGAGCAUCAUUCUCUGGUACUGUGAAAACAACUGUUUGAAAUGUGAAGCAAAGUCUUUUUUUUUUCUUCCACCUACCAAGGAAACAGUAGUAGGCAAUGAGAUCACCAAGAAGUGAGGCAAGCAGGGGAAGAUAAGGGCAACUGUAGCCAUGGAUGCAUCUCCUGAAAGAUUUGCAGUUAGAUCCAGCCUAGUAGAAAGUGUUAAUUAUAUCUGCCCCCACUCAGAAGUGUGCAAUUCCUAUUUAUACUCCAGGCAGCAGAGGCUUCUAGAAGUAUUUUUUAGAUUUGCCGUUCUCAACUUGAUGACCUUUAGAUGUGUAACAUCAUCUUCCAGUGUCUUCUUGCUGCUUGGGAAUUAUGGGAGACAUAGCCUUUAAUGCACCUGGAAGAUUUAAGGAUGGAGAAGCUUGGGAGAAUGUGGAAAACUCAAGUACAUCCAUUUUUAACUGGAAUUAGAACUACUGUAUAUCUUCUACUAGUGUUAACAGCCAUAAUUUCACAAAUGGCUUCUGACAACAGUAUUGUCUUGAAGCUUUGGGAUUAAUCUUUUCCUUACAACCAAUAACUUCAACCUGCUUAGAGCAAAAGAAAUCCUAAAGUUUUAGAAUUGAAAGGACCUUUCCGUAAAGGUGGUGUUUGAAUCUCAGCCUGGUGGAACUUUUGGUGACUUCCAGGUUUCUCGAACACGUUUUUGGUGAAUCUGCAUAUGGUGGGACCAAAUGCAUUUUAUUCCCUUGUGAAAAGAGUACAUGUGCCUAUAUUGAAUAGAACUGUUGGAUCCCACACGCUCCUAGUUGAAAAGAAACUUAAAACACUAUCCGAAUGUUACAACAGGGACAAAUGAACCUAUUGCCUUCAAGAAGUGAAUUAAAACCCCUAGUAUCUCCAGUGAUAUAGCCCACAAAGAAGAUUACCAGUAUGGCUUACCAUCCUUAAAUGAAAGUGUGAGCCAGUUUGGUAUGGUGGUAAGGCAUCUGGUUAGAAACUAGGAGGCAAUUCUAGUCCCAUCUUGGGCACAAAACCAGCUGGGUGACUUUGGGCCAGUCCCUCCCUCUCAGACAUAGGAAGGAGACAGUGGCAAUCCAUUUCUGAAAACCUUGCCAAAAAUGCAGGGUCUUGUACAGGCCCUGGGAGUCAAGACUGAUUUGAAGAUAUUUCUCCCCCCCCCCAAAAAAAGUCUGGGAAAUAAUUUCUUGGACUGUAUGUUUAGCAUUUCACUUCAAUAAGGAUUUUAAAACUGAAUUGAAGUUAUCAGCUGUGGGUGAAUGAUUCCAAAUGAAAUGUUUGUUUUUUUUCUAAUCAUUUCUCCCUCUGUUACUGCUAACGUUUUUACAACUCACUCCUUGGCCAAAGAGUAGCUAUGGGAUAGACUUUUGAAGUUCUUGAAUUUCCAUAGCUGCUUUCUAAUCAAUUAAUACUAAAUCUCUGUAAAGAUGGCUACACUGGCAAGCCUGUCAGUUCUUCAUCUUCUUCACUACAAGGCACAUAAACUCAAGAUGAUGUGGAGAUCCUCCCUGCAUAAUUAGAUGGAUUUCCUGAUGUCGAAUAGGAUUGUGAUGAGGAGCACUAUCCAUCUGGAGCGAAGACUGGUUAUCAAACCAGAAGAGUGUUUCUCAACCUUGACUACUUUUAAGAGGUGUGGGCUUCAACUCCCCAGAAAUACCUCCCAUGGCUGGCUAGAGACUUCUGGGAGUUGAGGUCCACAUCUCUUUAAAGUAGCCAAGACUGAAAAACUGAACUACAGCAAGAGAGUUGGUGUGUGUAAAACAUCCAUCUCCACUAUGGUGUCUGUAAAUAGAUUGGCACUGCAGCUGCCUGGGGUCAUAAUGGAGGAAAUCUAAGAGUUGAGAGUCUCCAUACAUUUGGAAGAAGCCAGGUUGGGGAAGUCUGGCAUAAAUUGUAAGAGAUGGCUGCAAAACUGUUGGGAGGAAUUUGAGGUGCUUCAUUUUUCAAAUCUCAAAGCUGUUUCACCUCAGCUGCAAUGCAAGUAGAUUGUAUGUUCUGCAGUUAACAGCUGCAGAGCCCUUUUAAUUCCUCUUGAGUUAGGCUGGACCACUGAGUUGACUUCCCUGGAUGUGCUAGGUAUAGCUUCAGGUAUUAAUCGCAUAUGCACAGCAGUAAGCAUUUCACAUGUGCUGGGAGAACUAUUUGCUGCACAAUGUUCAAAAUUUGGGGUAGGAAGAAGAGAGGUAAUUUUUCAGUAUUGACACAUGAAACGAGUUAUUUCAAACAUUCCUUGAGCAUAUUACUAUAAGGCUCUGCUCUUAAGACCUCUCUCCUUCCCUCCCUGCUUAACUGGUCCUUGACUUGUAGCAAAAAUUUAGCCAAGAUUUGAAUUGUCUGCCUUUUUUUUUCAACAAGCCACCAAAGACUAGUUGAGCUACUCCUUUUUCUGCCCCAAAUAUCUUGACUUUCUCCUUUAUCAGUUUUAUAAUGCACUUGGAGCACUUUAAGUUUGUUUCUUGGGAGGGAAAGCUAUUGCAUGAAGGCCAGGGGGACUCUGUCUUUGCACUGAAUUGCAUUGAAUGAAGAUGGCUGUUCCUUCCAGUCAUAAGCUGAGUUUCUUUAUUAAAGCGUUUGAGUCCAUUUUAUUCACAUGGCUUUUGAAAUUCUGACUGCAUUGAAGAGGGCCAGUCUUGUGUUUUAUUUAUAUCCGUUAACUACUUUUUAUAUAUAAUCAAGAAAUUAAGCCUUUAUCAAGAAUGGGUAUUUUAGGUAUGUUUUGUUUGACACUAUUUGCCUGUUUUCUCUCCAAUCAUUGGAGAGGCUAAAAGAGGCAACCCUGGCUCUACCAUGUUCAUUUCCUUCUCUUGAAUUGUAAUGUUACAUUUUAAAAUAAAGAGGCUUGUUUUUAUCUUGUGAAAA